AUGACAGCGAGCGGAAGCCAAGUCGCACUGCAAGAGCGGCACAAGGUCUUCGUGUUUGAUUCAGCGUCUAGGCAUGGAUCCGGCGAUGCAAGGCUGACAGAACAGCUUGGCAACGAGGGUGCUGGAACCGGUCCCUCGACCCCCCGUCCGAUCCUCGAAACUGCUUUGUUUGCCGCCCUCGCGUGGCUUGCGGAUCGCUGCUCAGUGACAAGCGAGAGAAUACUCGAGAUCGACCAAGUCAUCAGCGGCAAGAUAUCGUCAAGCUUGCAGAAGCGAAGCCUGACCAAGGCGGCAAGUCGUACCCUUCAAAUUUCAUUCUCCCCUGUCACACAGACGCACACUACCCUGAAAACGAAGCGAGUCAACACGAGGCCGCACUCCCGAUCGGUGGUUCCGCAAAGCUUUGGCGAGUUCCUGGCUGUUGGCUUUGAAAGGAAGGUCCAGCUUGACGGCAGCGGCGGCAGCAGUCGGCAGUGUUAG